CGCCCGCACCCUUCACUUCCACUCCCACUUCCACCCAAAAGGCUCGCCAAUAUGGAGCCUUCAAAAAUCCACGCCCUGCUUCUAGUUUGCAUGCUUUUCCUCUCCACCGCCGCCCCCAUUUUCGGCUGCGGCUCCUGCGGCAAACCACCUCCCAAGAAGGUCAAGCCCGGCUCCGGUUCCAAGUCCCCUAAGGGCCCCAUUGUCCCACCCAUCACCCUCCCUCCCGUCGUCAAACCCCCAAUCAAAAUCCCUCCCGUCCCCCUCCCUCCCGUGAAACCGCCAAUUGACCUCCCACCCGUCGUCAAACCACCAAUCAAAAUCCCCCCAGUUCCCCUCCCUCCUGUCAAACCGCCUAUCGACCUCCCACCCGUCAUCAAACCCCCAAUCAAAAUCCCUCCAGUCCCCAUCCCUCCAGUCACCGUGCCGCCAGUGACGGCUCCUCCAGUCAUCAAAAACCCAUCUCCGGGAAAGAAUCCCUGUCCGCCGCCGCCGGGGAAAGAGACCUGCCCAAUUGACACUCUGAAACUGGGUGGGUGCGUGGAUCUGUUGGGAGGGCUGGUGCACAUUGGGGUAGGGGACCCUGCAGCCAAUGCGUGCUGCCCUAUAAUUUCAGGGCUGGCUGAGUUGGAAGCGGCGGUUUGCCUUUGCACUACCCUUAAGAUUAAGGCUCUUAACCUUAAUAUCUAUGUCCCCAUUGCCCUUCAGCUCCUUAUCACUUGUGGGAAGACCCCUCCUCCUGGCUACACUUGCUCCCUUUAGAAACAAGAACAAAAUAAGGUUUGAUUGAUCGAAUCGACAUGAGAGGAUGUCGAGUCAAAUCUUUGUCUUUUUUUUUUCGAUUUAUUUUAUUUUUCUUGCUGAUGUUUGUAAACGAUUUAUUUUUAAAUUGUGAUAAUUGUUGUUAUGUUGUGUUAUGGAUUAGAUGUUUCCUUAUUUA